AAAAGAGAAAACAGACGGCGUGUGUAGUAGAAAGGAAGAAACAUAGUGGAACGCGAUAAAAGGAGAUAAAUUAAAAUAACCCAAUUACUGUAACAUUUAUUUUGUAAUAACGUGUACCUGUUGAGAGAAAAAUUCUUCAAAUAUUUUAUCCAUUUAAUUAAGUCAUAGUAUUUAUAAAUACCUUGCAAUAUGUCAGAAAAAUUCGACGGAGCCAAGGGUAGUGAUGGAAGCGGGGACGAAGAACUGGCACUCAAGUUGAGACUGCCUCCACUAGAAAUAAAUCCAAACGACAAUCAGUUGCAGUACAGUUACGAUCUUUGGUACAGUAAAAGAUCACUUGGCAAACAAAGUGAUCGACGUUAUGCUGAAAAUUUAAAGUUCAUCGGUAGGUUCGGUAGUGUGGAACAAUUCUGGGGCCUUUACAGUCACCUAGUGCGACCGUCUGAGCUUCUAGCUUCAUCUGACUUUCAUCUAUUUAAAAAUGGAAUUAAACCCAUGUGGGAGGAUUCAGCCAACAGACAAGGUGGAAAAUGGGCAGUAACACUGAGGAAAGGACUGGUUGAUCGUUGCUGGGAAAAUUUGGUACUUGCCAUGUUAGGAGAACAAUUUAUGGUGGGCGAGGAGAUUUGCGGAGCAGUUGUAUCUAUAAGAUUUCAGGAGGACAAGAUAUGUGUAUGGAAUAAAACAUCAUCAGACGUGGCGACGACAGCCAGAAUCAGAGACACUCUCCGACGUGUUUUGCAUUUACCCGCUGACGUACUAAUGGACUAUAAACCUCACGUGGAACGUCUUAAGUAUGCCGUCAUAAAGAGUCAGAGUGAAGGGGUUGUAAAGCCCACUUAUUGAUCGCAAACAGUCAAAGCAAGAGCGAUAGUAUUCGAUCAAUCGAUAAUUUCAAAAAGACAUAACGAUUAUUCGUCGAAUAUCCAUUGCAGGAGCAUUGAAAACAACAGAAAAGUAUUGUUAUUAAUUUGUAAAGCCAUUAUAAAUUGUCAUAAAAAUUGCA